GGAAAGCCGGAGGGCCUCCCAGCCGGAUCUGGGGGUGCUGAGGACAUGGGCGAGGCGCCCCAGUUCUCUUCCCUUACGGCUUGUCCUUCCCUUUUCCCACAAAUGGCCACUUCCUGCCUUUUCGGGCCUCCCUCCUGAGUUGGUCCACUUCCUCAGGUCCUUUCAGAGCGAUAAAACGUUGCCCAAACUUCUUUCUUAAAGCUCCCUAACUGGGCCAUCUGUCCGUGUGUCGCCACCUCAGACCAGCGGGAUGGCUGCCAACAAGGGCAAGAGCCAGGGCUCCCUGGCACUUCACAAGGUCAUCAUGGUUGGCAGCGGAGGGGUCGGCAAGUCAGCCCUGACACUUCAGUUCAUGUAUGACGAGUUUGUAGAAGACUAUGAGCCCACCAAAGCCGACAGUUACAGAAAGAAGGUGGUCCUCGACGGAGAAGAGGUCCAGACAGAUAUCCUGGACACGGCGGGCCAGGAGGACUACGCGGCCAUCCGCGACAACUACUUCCGGAGCGGAGAGGGCUUCCUGCUUGUGUUCUCCAUCACAGAACAUGAGUCGUUCACGGCCACCGCAGAGUUCAGGGAACAGAUCCUCCGAGUCAAGGCCGAGGAAGAUAAAAUCCCGCUGUUGGUCGUGGGCAACAAGUCUGACCUGGAGGAGCGGAGGCAGGUGCCCGUGGACGAGGCCCGAGGCAAAGCGGAGGAGUGGGGUGUGCAGUACGUGGAGACGUCGGCAAAGACCCGUGCCAAUGUGGACAAGGUGUUCUUUGAUCUCAUGAGAGAAAUCCGAGCGAAAAAGAUGUCGGAAAAUAAGGACAAGAAUGGCAGGAAAAGCAACAAGAGCAAGAAGAGUUUCAAAGAGCGAUGCUGCUUGCUGUGAGCGGGGCGCAGGCGCAGAG